UAUCCAGUCUUCUUACCAGGCAGGUAUACACGUCAUCCAGCUUGAGCUCCAAUUCGGGACUGAAAGAUGGAUGUGAAGCAAGUACCUCACCUUAACUCUUUUGCAAGUACCUCGCCAAGAACAACGAAUGGCAGCGCAGGAAGGAGAAAUGGAAAUCAAAACAAACCAGAACCGAGUGACAGGGCCUCCAGCUUUUCCCUAAACUUCUAAACACUGUUCCCAAUGGUGUUUCGGAUGCCCAUGACCGUCAGAAAGCUGCCAAUCCCACGCGCCCCCUACCUGCCUUUUGCCUGUACUCCGUACCUGCGGUGCUGCGGUGUGCCCUGACUGACUGGCAUGGCCAAGUCUUUUCACCCUUGCCCCGUACUUUACCCAGUCGAGUCCCGUCAAGCUGGAGGAGACUCGAGAGAGUCGAGAGAACGACCUAACAACCUGCCGCUCGAAGGAGGGAGGGAAGGGGGGCCCAAAAGGCUUGGGAGGCCCCUCAGUUCGGGCCGUAGACACAGAUAGACGGAGAGUCUAGAACCUGACCAAGCGAUUGUAUGAGCAGAUGCCACUCUUUACAUAAUCUCCUGUGGCAAUUUUGAAAUCGGUAUCAACGAGAGGUUCUGCUUUUUUUUUUUUUCUUCUUCGCCUUCGAGUUUCCC